GUUCCUUUCACAUGACCUGUUACUAAUAUCUCUCACUUUUCAUUUCUUCUAUGUUUCUUUCUUUACCCAAAAAUUUUGUUCCUUUUUCUUCAACCACACAAAAUUGCCUUUGGAAAUUUCAAUUGAAAAGUCUCUGCUUUUUCUUCUUCUCUUUCUAUUCUGUACUUAACAAGAAGCUCAGAACAGAAUUGUGUUGAGAAUAGUGACACAGAGAGAGAGAGAAAUGGGUAAUUGUCUUGAUUCUUCUGCUAAAGUUGAUGCAGCUCAAAGUUCUAGAUCCACUUCUGCGAUCUCAAAAAGUACUCCAUCUAGUUUAACCAUUCCAUCAUACAGUGACAAAAGCAAUUCCUCGAGUCUUCUUCCAACACCAAGAUCCGAGGGUGAAAUCUUGUCUUCUCCAAAUCUUAAAGCUUUUGCAUUCAAUGAGCUAAAGAACGCCACGAGGAAUUUUCGUCCCGAUAGUCUUCUUGGUGAAGGCGGAUUUGGUCAUGUUUAUAAGGGAUGGAUAGAUGAACACACCUAUACGGCUGCAAAACCUGGAUCAGGAAUGGUUGUUGCUGUUAAAAGACUUAAGCCCGAAGGUUUCCAAGGUCAUAAGGAGUGGUUGACUGAAGUUAACUACCUUGGACAACUGCACCAUCCUAAUUUGGUAAAAUUAAUCGGGUACUGCUUGGAAGGAGAAAACCGGCUAUUAGUAUAUGAGUUUAUGCCUAAAGGGAGCUUAGAGAACCAUUUAUUUAGAAGAGGACCACAACCACUAUCUUGGUCAAUAAGGAUGAAAGUAGCUAUUGGUGCUGCUAGAGGACUCUCUUUUCUUCACAAUGCAAAAUCGCAAGUCAUAUACCGCGAUUUCAAAGCUUCUAACAUCCUUUUGGACGCGGAGUUUAAUUCUAAACUAUCUGAUUUUGGCUUGGCUAAGGCGGGUCCUACCGGUGAUAGAACUCACGUGUCUACUCAAGUUAUGGGUACUCAAGGAUAUGCCGCACCUGAAUAUGUUGCAACUGGUCGGCUGACGGCCAAGAGUGAUGUAUACAGCUUUGGAGUUGUUAUGCUUGAACUUUUAUCCGGAAGACGUGCUGUCGAUAAAACAAUAGCUGGUGUUGACCAGAAUCUAGUAGACUGGGCAAAACCAUAUUUAGGCGAUAAAAGAAGACUAUUCCGAAUCAUGGAUUCCAAAUUAGAAGGCCAAUAUCCACAAAAAGGAGCAUUCAUGGCUGCUACACUUGCACUACAAUGCCUUAACAGAGAAGCGAAGGCAAGGCCUGCAAUGAUAGAUGUUUUAGCAACUCUCGAACAGAUAGAAGCACCUAAACAUGCACCUCGGAUUUCCUUAUCAGACCAUCAGAGACUCCAUGCUCCUGUGAGAAGGUCUCCUGCUCGAAACCGGACGCCUUCAAAUGUUACUCCUACUGCAUCGCCACUGCCAUCUGUUCGGCAAUCUCCUCGUGCGCGCUAAGCGCUGAAUAAUGAUUGUUCUGUAUGUAAAUUUGUUAUUUUUAUGAGGUUGUGUUUUUGACAAGCAUGUCUUGUGGCAUCUGGUUAAAUGCAAUUUUGUGUUAUCUUCAAUAAUAUAUUAUUGUUCAUACCAUUUUUCUAGAUGCUA